CGCUUUUCCUGCUGUCCAAUGAAUUCACCAUUUUCUCUGCUUCCAGUCUUCCUCCCAUGGCUGCUACUUCUCUUUGCUCUUCGUGUCGGACCCACACUCCUAUCAGCACAGAGAUCAACUUACAUUGUCCACAUGGACAAGUCCUUCAUGCCCUCUGCUUUUCCCACCCACCACCACUGGUACUCCUCCGCCGUUGAUUCCCUCACCAUCCCAUCCAAUGGCCGUCUCCGUUCUUCUCCCAAGCUCGUCUACUCUUACGACAAUGUUUUUCAUGGAUUCAGCGCCGUCCUGUCAGAGAAUGAACUCAACGUCUUGAAGAAGUCCCCUGGCUUCGUUUCCGCUUAUAAAGAUCGGACCUUUGAGCUUCAAACCACAUAUACUCCCGCUUUCUUGAAGCUUAAUCCGGAAACAGGGCUAUGGCCGGCGUCCAAGUUCGGUGAGGAUGUGAUCAUCGGCGUGAUUGACUCCGGUGUGUGGCCGGAAUCUAAGAGCUUUAGAGACGACGGGAUGCCGGAGAUUCCAAAGAGGUGGAAGGGGAUUUGCAAGGUAGGAACGGAUUUCAAUUCCUCCUUGUGCAAUAGAAAGCUCAUCGGAGCUAACUAUUUCAACGCCGGAGUUCUCGCCGCCAACCCGGGGGUCAACAUAUCGAUGAAUUCCGCCCGUGACACCGACGGCCAUGGCACACACACGGCAUCAACCGCCACCGGGAACUACGUCGGCGGCGUCUCCCAUUUCGGCUAUGCUCCGGGCACGGCGAAAGGAGUGGCGCCCCGUGCUCGCUUGGCGGUUUACAAGGUCAGCUGGGACGAAGGGGCUUUUACUUCAGACCUCAUCGCCGGCAUGGACCAGGCCGUCGCCGACGGCGUCGACGUAAUUUCAGUGUCCAUCGGAUACCGCUUCAUUCCCCUGUACGAAGAUUCCGUCGCAAUCGCGGCCUUCGGAGCUAUGAUGAAGGGUAUCCUCGUAGCGGGAUCCGCCGGGAACAGAGGUCCUAGUGUAGGCACCGUAAACAACGCCGCACCUUGGAUAUUGACGGUUGGUUCCGGCCAUACUGACCGGUGGUUCGCUGGGACGCUGAAACUGGGCAACGGGAAAACAUUCAGGGGAUGGAGCUUGUUCCCGGGGAGAGCACUGGUGAAAAACGACAAUCUCCUUUACAACAAAACCAUUUCCGCCUGUGAUUCGUCGGAGCUUUUAGCCGAAGUCCCAAACCCGGCGGGUACUAUACUCAUUUGCGAGAAACCGGCGAACGACGACCCCGCGUUUAUCUCAUCACAAGUAGAUGCCAUUACUAAAGCUGGAUUUCAUGCCGCCAUCUUCAUCAACGACGACCCCGGGAUUUUCCGGUCAACGGUUUUUCCCAAUCCCGGAGUUUUCAUCAGCCCCAAAGAAGGGAAGGAAGUGAUCAGCUACGCGAAAACUGGGAAAGACCCACGAGCCACCAUCACAUUCCAAGAGACAAUCUUCGGGAAAAAACCAGCACCGGCGGUUUCAGCCUCUUCCGCCAGAGGUCCGUCCCGGAGCUACCUGGGGAUUUCGAAGCCCGAUAUAUUGGCGCCGGGAGUUUUGGUCUUAGCCGCCUAUCCCCCGAAUAGUUUUGCAGUGUCUGUUGGGACCAACAUUCAAUUGGGUGCAGAUUACAUUCUUGAAUCGGGGACGUCGAUGGCCUGUCCUCACGCAGCCGGAAUCGCCGCUAUGCUGAAAGGGGCACACCCCACUUGGAACCCUUCGGCAAUUAGGUCUGCCAUGAUGACAACAGCUAAUGCAUUGGACAACUCACGAAAACCAAUCAAAGACGCCGACGACGGCUCGGUCGCCACUUCUCUAGAUAUGGGUGCGGGUAUGGUCGACCCGAACAAGGCAGCUGACCCGGGACUCGUCUACGACGCGACUCCCCAAGACUACGUCAAUCUCCUAUGCUCAAUGAAUUUCACAGAGGCUCAGUUCCGAAGCAUAGCGAGAUCCUCGGGCGCCCACAAUUGUUCCGACCCGAACCCAGAUCUCAAUUACCCGUCCUUCAUUGCUCUGUACCCUCUGGGAGUAGACAAUGGAGUAUUCAAUUGGUUGGUCCGGACAUUCAAGAGGACCCUCACGAAUGUCGGGCCGGGUCCGGCUACGUACACGGCUAAGCUUGAAGUGCCUGAGAAUUCUACGAUGUCGGUGUCUCCUAGUAGGUUGGUGUUUGGGAAGAGGAACGAGAAACAGAGUUACAGUUUGAGGAUACGUUACAGAGGUGACGAGAAACAGAGCAAGUAUUCGGGUUCGGUUACUUGGAUUGAAGUCAACGGUUCACACUCGGUCAGGAGUCCGGUUGUGGUGUCAAAUACAGUUGACGUUUGGGAAUGAACAAGAACUUUGGGUGGGUUUACCAAAAACCGAAACAAUAACCGCAGAAAAUCACAUAUAUGGUCCCUCAGUUAUCCACGAAAUUAAAAUCUCAUACCUGUAGUUCUGAGAUUGUAAAUGUCAUCUCUCAAUUAUCCAAAAUGCUGUAAAUGUGGCCUUUUUGAGAGGUGAAAUAUACAAUGUGGGCGAGAGUAUAUUUCACUACUUAAAGGAUCACAUUUACAACAAUUUGGACAAUUGAGGGUGUCAUUUACAAUCUCAAAAAUACAGAUAUAAGAUUUUAAUUUCGUGGAUAACUGAGGGAUCACAUAUGCGAUUUCCCAUAAAUAAACAAAAUAUUUAAACUUUUAAUGCACUAGGCCCAUGUUUUCAGAAGCCCAAGCCCAAUUUCACUUUGCCUAACAAUCUUAUUGAGUAUGUAAGGACUUACAUGGUUAGUUGUUUGAGUAAACACCCAAUAUAAUUAUAUUGGAUGUGGUUAGCUGCUAUUGAAGAGGAAGCUCACUCAUUUCUCAGAUGUGGGAUAAAGGGCUGUGGAAACAAAAUGAAAAAUUGAAGCAUUGAAUAAAAUUAUAGCGCCCCCGGGAUUCAAACAAGGGACAUCUGUGUCAGAAACUCGCUUGGCAACCGUCUUGCACGAGAACUUCGUUUGUUGUUCUAGGACUGCUAUCUAGUUUAUAUACAUUUAAUAAAGGUCAUUACUAUUAAUUUAUUAUAAUUAUUAUUAAAAAAAUGUCGGUUCGGUUCGGUUCAAACCGAUAUAUUAGAACUAUAAACUGAUUUCGAACCGAUUUUUUUCGAAUCCCAAUUUUCAGGUCCCAAAUUAUAUCGGUUCGGUUCAGUUUUUUUCAAAACGGUUCGGGAUUUUUCGGUUCGGUUUUCAUUUUUCGGUAUAAAAUGCCAGCCCUAGUCUUCUCCAUCUUCAAAAAAAUGCUUCUAGGAGUAAUUUGAAAC